CGGAGGCGGAGUCACGUGACGCGGCGCGGGGUUGUGGCGGGCCCGGCGCGCGCCCGCAGCUUCCCUUCCCCUUCGCAGACGUGCGCGCGCGGCGGCGCGGGAGGAACUGCGCGGGCCGGGUCCAUGGUGCAGCCGCCACCCCGCCAUGGCCCGCGGCCUCUUCCCGCGCCUCGUCCUCAGCGCCCUGUGUGCGGCCGGCGCUGCCGCCUUCCUUUACCACGACUACUGCGUGCUAGGAGCCGGCCCUGCCGGCCUGCAGGCCGCCUACUUCUUGCAGAGGGCCGGCCGCGACUACGUGGUGUUCGAGCGCAGCCACGCGCCCGGCAGCUUCUUCGCCAUCUACCCCCGGCACCGCAAGCUGAUCAGCAUCAAUAAGCGGCACACGGGCAAGUCCAACAGCGAGUUCAACCUGCGGCAUGACUGGAACUCGCUCCUCAGCCACGAGCCCCGCCUGCUGUUCCGCCGCUACUCGAGGCAGUUCUUCCCCCACGCCGACGCCAUGGUGCGCUACCUGGAGGACUUCGCCACCAUCUUAGGGCUGCGCGUCCGAUACGACACCGCCAUCGUUCACGUCACGUUGGAGAAGGAUCCGCGAGCGUGGAACGGCCACUACUUUGUGUUGAGCGACCAGAAUAGGCAGAGCUACAAGUGCAGCUGUCUGUUGGUUGCCACUGGUACGUGGGUCCCCAACGUGGUCAACUUCCCUGGCUCAGAGUAUGUUGAGGGUUAUGAGACGGUGUCUACCAACCCGGAGGAUUUUGCCGGUCAAACCGUGCUGAUCUUGGGCCGAGGGAACUCAGCCUUUGAGACGGCAGAGAACAUUCUGGGUGUCACAAAUUUCAUCCACAUGGUGAGCCGGUCCCGCGUGCGCCUCUCCUGGGCUACUCACUACGUCGGGGAUCUGAGAGCAAUUAACAAUGGUUUACUGGAUACGUACCAGCUGAAAUCUCUGGAUGGACUUCUGGAAGGUGACCUGGAAGAUCUAGCUAUUGUCAAGGACAAAAAUGGGAAGCUGCACAUCACACUUCGGUUCUACCUGGAGAACAGGAACACCAGCGCAGGCAUCGAUGGGAUCACCCUCCCUCAGGAUGAACUGGAUAACUUUGCUACUCGCGCGCCGUAUGACCGUGUCAUCCGCUGUCUGGGCUGGAAGUUUGACUUCUCUAUCUACAACAGAUCCCUUAGAAUGAUGCCAGGAAGAGGGAAUAAAAGCAAAUAUCCUCAGAUCAAACCCAAUUACGAGUCCAGAGGCACUCGAGGGCUCUUUGUUCUUGGCACUGCUAGCCACUCUGUUGACUUCAGGAAAUCUGCUGGGGGUUUCAUCCAUGGCUUCCGGUACACAACUCGUGCAGUCCACCGCCUAUUGGAAAACCGUCACCAUGGUGUCCCCUGGCCAUCCGCAGUCUACCCUAUUACACAGCUGACCAAUUCCAUCAUCAAGCGGGUGAACGAGGCCUCAGGCCUCUACCAGAUGUUCAGUGUCCUGGCUGACAUCAUACUGCUGAGAGAGAAUGCCACAGUGUUUGAAUACCUGGAAGAAUACCCAGUUGGAAUCUUGGCUGAGCUGGAAACACAGACAGGGAGAAAAGCCCCUGCAGGGCUGUUUGUUGUCGUCAUGGAGUACGGGAGGAACUUCUCAGGAGAUGACAAGGAUGUCUUCUACUACAACCGAGCUGUGGGAGAGGCACAACAUGCCUGGCAGUCCAACUUCUUGCACCCUGUUAUUUACUACUACAAGCGCCUCCCUACAGAGCGUGAGAUGAGACUUCAUCCCCCAGAUUUGCCUCUCCCCCGCCCAGAUGCCAUCCAUCACAUUGUGGAGGAUUUUCUGACAGACUGGACAGCCCCAAACGCUCACAUCCUGCCUCUGAGGCGCUUCUUGGAGAACUGCCUCGGCACUGACCUGCGCAAUUUCUUUGCAGAAUCCUGUUUCCUCUUUGCCCUCACACGUCAGAAGCUGCCUCCCUUCUGUCAGCAGGGGUAUGCGAGAAUGCAGGGGCUUAUUGGGAAUGAGAGGCUCCGGCGUCACGCGGUGGAUGCUGGCCUGCUGGAGGAUCAUGCUGUCAUGGACUUCUCAGGUGACAAACUCCCUGACAGCCGCCAAGGGUCCCAAGACCAGUUGCUGAGAGAUCAUGUCAUACCACUCCGUCCUCUGCACCAUUUUGUUCAUGCCAAGGAUGAAUUUUAGAAUUUCUCACACCAUGUGGAAAUCCACAGGUGCUGUUGUGACAAUACUGUAACAGGGAUCCACGGCGGGAUUCUUCCCUCUCCUACACGCCUUUUACAUCCCAGCCCCUUCCACUGAUCAUGAAUUGCCAAAGACCUGCCCAGAUCUUGCUGUUACAAAAAGGACCGACGUGCUCUGAAGGAUAAGUCAGAGCCUGGAAUCCAGUGAUGCUGAGGCUCCUGCUUUGUCCUGGCGGAGUUCAGAGUUGCUUAAAGAUGGUGUUUGUGUUUCUGUAGUAAACCAGUAAUUUACAGCGACGUCCAGGGGUCGAAAAAGGGAGAGUUUAGGAAUUCCUGUCACCUGCCUCUUCCGAGGGAACUGGCUUAUGUUCUGCUUCAGCCUGGUGGAAGCUUUCAGGUCGCUGGAUGCUCUGUGUACUUGAAGAUUUGUUUGCGUUGCUGAAUCCUGACGUGGUACUUCAAACCAAACAAACUUCAUGGCAGUUUCCCUGCGUUUGAGUUAGGGCAGCGACGAAGCUUGAGUGGAGAGAGGUGGUGGCUUUUAGUUAUGGUAUGAAUAGGAUAAUUUGUCACUUCCUGCAGAGCAAUUCAGAAGAACAUUCCCUCUGCAGGGGUGAAUAGCUUGCUUAGAACACCUAGGACUGAGACAAUUACACUGAGCUUGACCCUCCUGUCCUAACAUUUUUUUUCUUCCCACACCAAGAAACCUGAAAUGUUACCCCUGUGUUUUACAAAGCAUGACCAAUAUUUUUUCUAUUUGCACUAUGUUCCAUCAAGAAAGUUUUGGGUGAACUUUGA